AUGACCAAUACAUUAUCACAAGACUUAGAAAAAAAGAAACUCGCAGGAAAAAAAUCUUUGACAAAACCUUAUGGACCUUCUUUAUUAGACAGAAAAACUGUUCCUGUAAAAACUGAAAAAGUAUCACGUCCCCCACCUUUUGAAUCAACACCUGUACCAAAAACCACUUACAAACCUAAUGAUCAAGAGAAACUUUUGGAAAAAGCAAGAGCUAAUAAUCGCAAAAUGGCGUAUGAGUUACUAGCAGAAGCUAAGAAACUUAACCUAAAAUGUGCUGAACCUAAAGCACUUCCAAAACCAUCUACUCCUGUUGUUUAUAAACCUAUUAUAGCAAAACCACCUCCUAAAUUUGAUCCAGUUGAAGUAAAAGCAACAACAGCUUCAUUAAUGAGACAAGCUGCUUUCUUAACCAAAGAAAAAACAGCGGAAAUCAAAGAAAUUGAGAGUUUAAUCAAUGGAACACUUGGAGACAUGACAAAUUCAACACUUUUGGAAGAAUUACGUCGAGCUAAAGAGAAUGAAUUGUUACAAGAUAUCGAACGUAAACAUUUACAAGGUUUAUUAACUAGAGAAGAAGCUAUUUUGGCAAAACAAAGACUUUUUCAAAAGAAUCAACUUAAAAAGCAGCAAUAUCAAGAAGAACGGAUUAAAUUAUUAGAAACUAUUGAUAAAUAUCGACGCAAAGAAGAAGAGAAGAAUCGGGAACUUGUGGAAAAAGUACAAGCGAUAGAAAACGCCGCAAAAGACGCAGAAGUGAAAUUAUUAAAAGAAAGAAGAUGUAAUGCAAAGCUAAUCGAAUAUGAAACACAAAUAUUACUAAAACAAGCAAAUGAAGAACGUGAAGAAGAAUUGACGAAAAAGAUUCAAAUAAUCAAAGAGUUAAAGCUCCUGCAACAAAUUAACGCUGGCAAUAACAAAGUGGAAUUUGAUCCGACAGAGACAAGUAAUCUAGGGUUAAUGUGUGAGAUGUCUAUUGCUGAACUCCAGGAGAGAUUAGCCCUGCUCAAGGUCACGAUGAAAGAAGAAUUGGAAGAACGCAAAGCUAAAAUUUUAACUGAAAAGAAAAAACAGCAAACUAUGCUUGAGCAGAUGAAAGAAUUCGUUGAAACUGCUAAGGGGCAAAAGU